AGAGAAGGAAAUUGCACUGGCUGCAAAUCAUCUUUGAAGAAAGCUUAUUACUCGGAGAAUAUCGAAAUUGAAAUGGAGAGCAAAAUCACAUCGAGGGAAUACAUUAAGCCAUCUUCUCCGACACCGGCACACCUCAGAACCUACAAGCUGUCCAUGAUCGACCAGACAUGCGCCCCACAUUUCAUCCCCAUCCUCCUCCUCUUUCCUCCUCGUCCCGACAAUGAUCGUCACCGGACAACAGAGCAGCUCAAAUAUUCACUAUCCAUCAUUUUAACCCGCUUCUACCCUUUCGCCGGAAGAGCCAAUCAGGACAACCAUUCCGUCGAUUGCAGCGACGCCGGAGUUGAUUUUACUGUCGCCGAAUUCCCCGGCCACCUACAUGAUGUCAUUAAUUCUAGCCAGGAUUUACUGCUUCACCUCUUUCCGAUGAAGUUGGAUUUUGAAUAUGUAAAGGCUCAGUCGGGAGUCGUCUUUGUCCAAGUCAAUUAUUUCGAAUGCGGCGCCAUCGCCGUCGCGACUCUUGCUUCGCACCAGGUAGCCGAUCUUACGACGAUGGUGAAUUUCCUCAAGGCCUGGGCAGGGACCAAUCGGGGAUCGAAACAAGAAGUCUGCCCUAAUUACAUUUCACAGAUUCUAUUCCCCCAUAAGAAUGAGCUGCUCGGACAGAAAGUUUCUAAUUCUGGCUCUACCACUGGGAAAUGGGGGAUGCGGCGAUACGUGUUCGACUCCAUUGCGAUUUCGUCGCUUAAGGCCAAAACAGGCUUGAAAAACCCUACCAGGGUGGAGGCUGUCUCAGCAUUUCUCUGGAAAUGUUUCAUGGAAGCAUCCUUAAAAAAUGGAAAAUCGGAUUCGGUCAUAGUCUGGCCUGUGAACCUGAGAAGACGAGCCCAGCCGCCGUUGGGGAUGGAUGUUUUUGGAAACUGUACGGCCUCUACGACGGCGUCCUGCCGGAACGAUGACGGGGGUGUGUACAAAGACUUGGCGAGGAAAUUGCGGGAGUCUGUUGCGAGAAUCGACGGCGAAUAUGUUACGAGGAUGCAAGGCGACGGGGGGUUUCUUGGGUACCAAGUUAAUAUGCAGUCGGUGGUGGCGGAUUUGUCCGGCGGGGCAGAUCCGCUGCUAUGGUCGAGCUGGUGCAACAUAGGUAUUUACGACAUUGACUUUGGGUGGGGGAAGCCUGUCUGGGUGACGACUGCGUUUGAUCAUUCGAGGUCGGAGUACGCGAAUUUGAUUAUCUUAUUGGACACCAGUGCUGGGGAUGGGAUUGAGGCAUGUGUAUGUCUUGGUGAGAAAUACAUGCAAGUGUUUGACGCCAUUGAUGAGCUCCGGGACCUCGAACCAAGUCCGUUGGACGUCGGGUCUUUGAUGAAUUAAGUAAUUGAUUACUUUGGGUCUGUUUGGUCAUUGUUUGAGAUUGUGGUUUUAAAGCUUCUUUAAGAAAAAUGUUUAUUUUCGUGUUUGGAGUAAGAUGUUGGGUUAAUGUUUGGAAUAUGAUGUAAUGUAUUUUAUUACAAAUAAAUUUGAAGGACGUGUCGAAGUGUUUUUAAUGAUUUUACCU